CGUGUUGCGGAUAUGGCGCCUCUUAUCAAAGGCUUUCCCCCGCCGAAAACGCGGAAACGCAUGCGUUCAAGUGCGGCCAGCAGUAAAAGGGUUGCUUCGUUGCUUGCCAGCACUGCCAUCGCAGCACCACGUUUUGUUCCGCCUCUCGUCAUGUGUUGUUUGUUUUGAAGCGGAUGAGGAGGAAAAACGCCGGGCAAGAAACCUUUUCCUGCGCAGAAAGGGCCACCCACGGGUGAGCCGUGAACAGGACAGAAUGGUCCCGGAGAAAAGCGAGUUGGAGGUCGUUGCCGCGAAAGGCGAAGACAAAAGCGACGCGGCCAACAACCCAGACUCGGUGCACCUGAAAAGGAAGAUCACCCUUUUCAAUGGAGUCGCCAUCAUCGUGGGCACUAUUGUGGGUUCAGGGAUCUUUGUGUCGCCAGCCGGCGUCUACCAGGCGACGCACAGCGCGGGAGGCUCAUUGCUCGUCUGGCUCGGCAGUGGCCUUUUUUCCAUGCUCGGUGCUCUUUGCUAUGCUGAAUUGGGCACCACCAUCAGCAGGUCUGGGGGUGACUAUGCCUACAUUCUCGAGGCGUUCGGACCUCUGCCAGCUUUCCUCCGACUCUGGUGCGCCCUUCUGGUUAUUCGCCCAACGACGCAGGCCAUCGUGGCUCUGACGUUUGCACAAUACGCGGCCAAGCCCUUCUUCACAACUUGCGCACCGCCCGAAAAUGCGGUCCGCCUCCUCGCAGCUGCCUGCCUUUGUUUGUUGACGGCUGUGAACUGCCUGAGCGUGCGCUGGGCAAUGCGCGUUCAAAGCGUCUUCACCACCGCCAAACUGGUAGCCCUGGCGGCCAUCAUCAUCGCAGGUCUCGUCCACCUACUAAGUGGACACACUGAAUAUUUAGAGAAGCCGUUUGAAGGGCGCUAUGACGCAAAGUCUAUCACCCUCGCCUUCUACUCGGGUCUCUUCGCUUUCGGCGGCUGGAAUUACCUCAAUUUCGUCACAGACGAGCUGCAAAACCCAUACAAGAAUCUGCCAAGGGCGAUAUGGAUUGCCAUGCCGAUUGUCACCCUGGUCUACGUUUUGGCAAACCUGGCCUAUUUGGCGGCCGUGUCACCGGACGAGAUGCUCUCGUCCCCUGCAGUUGCUGUCACUUUUGGAAACAAACUUUUUGGCCCCCUCGCUUGGACGGUGCCGGUUUUCGUGGCGCUCUCGACUUUUGGCGGCGUGAACGGCAUCCUCUUCACUUCGGGCCGCUUGUUUCUCGCAGGUGCUAAAGAGGAGCAGUUGCCAGCCUUCUUCUCCUACAUUCACAUCAAAAGGUCAACGCCUGUGCCGUCUCUUUUGUUCACAUGUGGAAUGUCUCUUGUGAUGUUGUUGUCUGCCGACAUUUUCGGCCUGAUCAACUACUUCAGCUUCAUUCUGUGGGCGACAGUUGGUGCCUGCGUCCUCGGCAUGCUCAUCAUGCGCCGAACACGCCCUGAACUCCCACGACCCAUUCGCCUGCCCCUGUGGCUGCCCAUAAUCUUUCUCUGCGCCUGCACUUUGCUUGUGAUAGUACCUGCUUACAAUCAGCCGCUGGACUCUGCCAUCGGAGUGUUGAUAACGCUGACUGGCGUUCCGGUGUACUACAUUUGCAUCGUUGGACAAAACAAGUUCCCCUUUCUGGAAAAGUGGACUGAUAAACUGACAAGACUGAUCCAGGCGUGGUUGGAGGUGGUAAGCCCUGACGAAGGCCCGCAUCUGAUGUAAUAGAUUUAAUUAGAAAAUCUCAUUUUUAUAAUUUUUUAUGACCGACUAUGUAUGCAAACAUUCAAUGAUUUGUUUAGAGACUUGACCAAUGUUACUUUUGGACAUUCUGUGAAUUUAUUUUGAACAAUAAAAUGCAGCCAAUUACUCGGA